AUGCAGCACGAUAAGAAUGCUACUAGAACGGCUGGCAUAAGCCUAUCGUCCAUCACGCCUUAUGACAGUUUCGUCCAACAACAACAACAACAACAACAACAACAGCAACAACAACAACAACAACAACAACAACAACAACAACAACAACAACAAGAGGAACAACAACAACAACAACCAUCAAGUGGUAGUUCAGUGCUACCUACCCGAUUGACAACAUCGAAGUCUUCUGAGCUAUUAAAUUCAGAUGAAGGAAAUUCUCCGGGAGUACAGGAUUCGUUGCAACAGCAACAACAUCAGAGUGACACGACGCAGAAACUGUUAGCUCAUUUGAGUUCAACAAUUAACAGCAGUCCUGUACCACACGUAGUAACACCUCAAGAAAUUUACAUAGCUGCUGCAGCUGCAGAAGAAGCCAAACUGCUGGAAACAAGGAAACAACAACUUCUCCAAAAAUUGCAACAGCAACUGAACAGCAGUAAGGUAUCCGCUAAUGGUACCGCCAAUGCAGCUGUCGCAGCGCAACUUUGGCUGCAGCAAAGUUGCGCUACGACAACUGCAUUGCAACAGCAGCAACAGCAGCAAAAGCUGGCUAAUAGGACAAACCAAAAUCAACCCUCGAUAACUUUGACUAAUCAUUCCACUGCUGCAAAUCUCAUACCUGAAUCACAUGCACAACAACAAAGUACAACUCUUCAACAGGAUAUCCAGCAUCAGCAGCAACAGCAGAAAUUGCGGCAAACUGCAUUCCCUAAUCCCGAUUACCAGCAGCUUGUACAGAAUGGUGAUUUACAAAUGAAAGAUCAAAGUGAACAGCAGUCACUUUUAGAUUCCAAAACUGUUACAGUACCACAACAUCAUACUUUUCCAUCACACCAUCCUGUAGGACAUACUGACGAUGGUUCCAGUGCCUUCCGGCAACCACUACGUCAGCAAUACUUGUUUGAUGAAAAUACGGAAACACAGCAAGAUCGUGCUACUGCUGCAACAGUGGCAGUAACUCGAGAUUGUGAUGAUACAUUAGUUUUUGCAGUACCAUCGUUAUCAUCGUCAACUUCUUCGUUUAUGACAUCUUUGCCACGAAAUCAUCUCUCAUCCGUGGAAAGAGAUUGUCACAACGAAGAAGAGGAUGCCACCGAAUCGAGGCUUGUCAUCAGUGAUACCGAAAUGACCGAUGAUUGUGGUGAAACUAAUAAAGCAAGUGAGUCCUAUCCAAUUAGCAAGGUAGUUGAUGAAGGAGAAGGAGGAGGAGAAGGACAACCGUUGUUAACAACCGAAAUCAGCAGUGAAAUUAUCGGCAUUUCAACAUAUGGAACUUCGGGUGCAGUGAUUCAUGCGGAUAAUGAUGAAUUUGUUGAAAAAACGGAUAACACCGAUGAACAACCAAAAAUGAAAUCUAUUUUAGAUUUCGUAGACGGCGAAGUGGAAAUAGAUGUUGAGCAUAAAGAAAGUGAUGAAGAUGAAACGGAUGAAAUACCGAUAGCAGAUGAUGAUGGUGCCGGAAGCGGAAUGGUUGAUGAUAGUGGGACCAGGCUUCUGGUGAAUAAUAUGGAAUCCCCCGAAAUAUGCGGAACGCAUAAGGAAAGACCGCUUGAACAAACUCGAUUUGCGGCAAUGUGUAUUGAAGAACGUAUCCUAAACGAAAAAUUAGUCCCUUGCACAACAUCUUCAGCUGUAACAACCUCAAGCUCCGUGUCAAACACUGUCAGUCCAUGCCAUCGUUUCGUACCGCAAACAGUAUCUGCAACACAAAGUCCACGGUCCGAAUCCGUUUCCAGUACAUCUGGGUCGUCAACAUUUUGCCGUGCUCCCGGCCUAGGUCCAGUAAACACAACGGAAGCGCAGCAGCCUGGUACUACACUUCCACUUGUCUGUAAUAUCUGUGGCUUCUCAUGUAACUCCAAAUUCCACUACAAUUCUCAUAUGAACACCCAUGGUGAUCAUCAAUGCACGAUGUGUGACUAUACGUCACGCACGGAAGGACGUUUAAAGAAGCACAUGCGUGACUCACAUACCGUUGAGGAGCAACUUGCAGCAGGUCUCGACGUAGAACAAGCGCUAACUAGCAGUACUUCGACAUCGAGUACAUCGCUGGCACGAAUCACAACAACGUCUGUGGAUGCUAGCAAUCUUUCCACCUCGAUGGCUUCCGUCUUGGAAGCAGCUAAUCUGGCAGCAGCUGCACAAGCUGCGGCACAAGCCGCUGCUGCUGGCUGUUCAUCCAACUCAAGCAGUGGUCCGGCCACGUCAGUACCAAGUGAUUGCGGUAGUGGUCUCAGUUUGCCAUCCGGUUCGGGAACUCCGUCAUCUAGUGAUAUAAUGCCAUCAUCAUCGCUUUCCGGUGCUGCACAAUCUAUAAGUGGAUUGGUGCCAUCAGCUCUGGAUCAAAUUCGUGCUUUCACGGAAAAUCCAAGCGUGCUACCGGAUUUAUCAUCAGCAAAUUUAGCAACAGCACUGAUCUCACAAGGUCUUCUUAGCUCACAAACAUUCCACGAAAGCAUGAAAUCGAUAAACAGCGAUGAACAGUCAAUCAGUCCGGUGAACGGUGAUAAGCCAAGGCAAUGUUCGAGCAAACCAAAAACAUAUAAAUGCAAACAAUGUAGUCAUAUUAGUACUUCUAAGGAAGAGCAGUGGACCCAUGCCCGAACUCAUAUACCGGUCGAAAAGCAACUUGGCUGUACACGAUGCGGUUUUGUCACCGAAUACAAGCAUCAUUUGGAAUAUCAUUUGCGGAAUCACAUGGGAUCUAAACCAUUCCACUGUAAGAAAUGCGCUUAUUCCUGUGUCAACAAAUCGAUGCUUAAUUCACAUAUGAAAUCACACACAAACGUUUAUCAAUUUCGUUGUCGUGACUGUACCUAUGCUACAAAAUAUUGUCAUAGCUUGAAAUUACAUUUAAGGAAGUACAAUCAUAAUCGAGCUACUGAUGUCACCGAUUCAGCUGCAAGUAUUGCUGUCAAUGCUACCGCUAGCACGAGUAACUUUUGUAAUGGUUCAACGCAAUCAGUUACGGAAAAUGAUGAUACGGCGAUGCGACGUCUAAGCGAAUCUCUUGCUGUACAAUCUGUUGAUGGUUCCUCACCGGAACCAUUACCAACAACAUCAACUAUGGCACAAGAGUUAACUGCUGCAUUGGGUAUGACACCAGUUGUCACAAGUAAUUCUCUAAACAUAGCUUCACAUUUGCUCUUUCGACAGCAACAUCAGAUGGAAGAAAUGGAAUUGUUGCUUCGAUUGAAAAAUAUAACUGAGAUGAAUCCAGGUGCUAUGCUUGGCAUAUCUUUGCAAUGUCCAGCAUGUAGUUAUCAAGCAAUCAAUCAGAGCGAUAGUUUACGACAUCAAUUGAGCCAUCUGAUAGGUCCAAAUGGCGAAAAUCCACUCAUACCACUGUAUAAUAUAUUUGGCAUACCACAAACAGCUGGUGUACCCAGCGAAACAUCAUUCGAAUCAAGCAGUAACCUGAACGAACCAAUGGAACAACAGGAUGAUGAAAUGGAAACAUCAAAAGUGGAAGUGGAUGAUUUUAUCAGUGGUACUGAUAUUGAUGAAAAACCUGGUAUAGCUGAUUCAGAUGAUCAUAUUAUGAGUGAUAUUUCUGGUGAAUCAGAUGAUUCACCAAGUUCUGGAAAAAGCAGCACUGAUGAGGGUUCAUCCGGUAUGGAACAGGAAAGUGAUAGAGGUGCGAAAAAGCGAAAAGCUGGUUUAAAGUUAAACCAAAUCGCUGCACGGCUUCAGGAGAAAAAUUCACCAGAAAAUCCCGGUUCCAUUGAUAGUAUAGAUGACUCUAAGUAUGAAGGAUUGCUAUUAUCAGGAAUGAAAGAGAAUGCAAUGAAUGAAAUGAGCGGAACAUCCUUAGGUAUAGUUUUAGAUUCACAAGAAGCGCCAUCGAUGUCAUCAUUACCAUCAACAACAUCGUUAGCACCACAACCACAAAUAAUACCACCACUUGGAAUGCAAAAUGAUCUAAUUAAUUUAAGUAAUUUAAAUAUUUUCCAACAAGCAUGUAUCGCUCAUAUGCAAGAAAUGGAGCGUAAGCUGCAUAUCCUAGAAUUAUGGCGUUUUUCAUGUGGACAUUGCAAAAUGGCAUUCCAAGAUGAGCCACUAUAUCAUAUUCAUAUGGGAUAUCAUGGUUAUGAGAAUCCAUUCAAAUGUAAUCGUUGUGGCCAAGCAUGUUCCGAUUUUCUCACCUUCAAUCUUCAUUUGCUACAAGCAAAACAUUGA